AUGCUCUCACCAACAUUGCUUCGCUGUGUUGUCGGCGAUACAAAUGCCCACACUGAGGCGCGCGACAAGACGCCUGCUUACUAUACCUCGCCUCUUUCAGUGAAUGAUGCUAAGCGCAACGGAUCGCGGGAGUUUAUAGUCUCGGUUCGUGGUGCAGUCAAUGAGGAUGGAAGCAAGAAAUACCCUCUUGAUGAUCAGAUGAAUUGUUUUGUGACCAAGCUUGAAAUUAAUGAUUCUGCUAACCCACCUCGCGCCAUAGGCGUAGGGUUCCUCGACGGCGAAUAUUUGUACAAAGCCAGUCCCUUAUCUAGCAAUGGUAAAGCCGGUGUCCACUGCAUCGUGCGAGGUCAUCAUCGCUCGAGGGUCCCAGUCGACCUACCAGACGUGGGGAAGAACCUUCAAGAUCAAUAUGAAGCAAUGGUACAGGUUCACACCCCGAAGGACCUCUCCUCUCUAAAAGGUUGUACUUUAGGCUUCCAUGGCCGAUCUGAUCCAUGCCUUGCGCGCUGGAUGAAAUCAGUACUCGGCGACCGCGGCAUCUACAGCUCUUCGGGUGUUCUCACAUCGAUGUUCUACAAGAGUACAGCCACUACUAACGACGAAAUUGACAUCAAUCUGUUCUCUGUUUUCACCUGGACUGCGCUUGAAGCUCAUCCUCGAAAUAACGCUGGGACUGUGACACUUUGGUCUGCGGACCCGCUCGAUCCGCCGGAAAUUAUGUCCAAUUACUUCGACACCGGCAUUGGCGACUACAGGGCAGACCUACAGGCUAUGUAUGAAGCACUCGAGCUGGGCUGUAGGGCUUUCAAGCGUCAGCUCCUCCCCGUUUCUGAGGUCCUACCUGGUGCCAACGUUACCUCCCAAGAGGACACAGAGACUUAUAUCAAGGACACCGCAUGGGGACAUCCUUCUAUGCGUACUUGUCUGCUCGGCAGCGAUGAUGACCCGAUGGCCGUGCUUGAUUCAAAGUUCCGGGUUCGUGGGGUGGACCGGUUACGCGUCGUUGACGGCUCUGCGUUUCCUCGUAUACCAGGUACAUUUCCUGCUCUGGCGAUCUAUACAGUGGCCGAAAAGGCCGCAGAUGUGAUUUUGAGUGAGAUCAAUACCGAUUGA